UGGCCCCUGUUCCUUAUAAGUCUGUGCAUUGCUGCUUUAGACAAAACAAAUUUAUCAUCGGGGAUCCGACACUAGCGUAAGGCAGCUUUUCGUCAGAGAGCAUUAGGGUGGUGGAUUAUAAUAACUUUCUGGUAUCAUUGAGAGCACUAUGGCAAAUGAAGCAAAACUUUCAUAUGAAGAGAAAUAUAAUUAUGUAGUAAGAAAUCUUCAAGAAGUAUUAGGAGAAGAUAAGAUUAAAAUGAUAUUAAAAGCACGUGAUUUGAAAAUUUAUUGGGGCACUGCAACAACAGGCAAACCACAUAUUGCUUACUUUGUACCAAUGACCAAAAUAGCUGACUUCUUAAAAGCUGAUGCUGAGGUUACCAUACUUUUUGCAGACUUACAUGCAUAUUUAGAUAAUAUGAAGGCUCCAUGGAAUUUACUAGAUCUUAGGGUUCAGUAUUAUCAGCAUAUUAUUAAAGCCAUGUUGGAAUCAAUAGGAGUUCCAUUGGAAAAAUUAAAAUUUGUAAAAGGCACCGAUUAUCAAUUGUCAAAAGAAUAUACACUCGAUGUGUACCGACUUAGUUCAGUUAUUACUGAGCAUGAUGCAAAAAAGGCAGGUGCUGAAGUUGUUAAACAAGUGGACCACCCUUUAAUUAGUGGACUAUUAUAUCCAGGUAUGUUGCAGUACAAUUAA